CGUGCGCUGAUUGGCUGAGAGGAGCCGGGGCGGGCUGCGAUUGGACGAGGCGGGGCCGGGCCUGAGGCCGCGCUGAGGGCGGCGAUGGACGGGUCGCUGUCGCUGUCGCUGGACGCGGCCGCGCUGGAGGUGAUGGAGGCGCUGGAGCUGCUGCAGCAGCGGCGGGAGCAGCUGGAGCAGCACCUGCGGCAGGGGUGGCUGUCCCUGGCUCAGGCCCGCUACUCCCUGGGCUGUCACCGCGUCUCGUCCCUGCAGUACGGGGCCACCAUGGUGCCCCGAGUCCGUGUGUGCCACAGGCAGGACCCAGAGGGACGCCCCCACUUCGAGGAGGUGCCGGGAACAGGGGGGGACCCCGAGGACCCCGACCCCCAGCAGGGGGGGGGUGACGGGCUGCGGCAGCGCCGGGGAGCCCCCGAGAGAGGGGGGAGCCCCCCCAGACCCCCCCCAGACCCCCUGAGCUGGUUUGGGGUCCUGGUGCCCCCCAGUCUGCGGCAGGCCCAGGGCAGCUUCCAGAAGGGGGUGACGCUGGCCGUGGAGGUGGCCGAGCUCCAGGCCACCAUGGAGGCUGCGGCCGCCCGGUACCGGCAGCUCCUGCGGCAGAAAUGUCACCUGGCUGGGGACAACGGGGACAGCAGGGACAGCCACACCCCCACGGGAACAGCUGGGGACACCCAGGGUGACACAGCGACCUCGGUGACUGCGUGACAUGAACGGCGAGGUGACACAUGGGGACACAAGUGACACCGUGAGCCACGGGGACACAGGUGACACAGAGCUGUGCUGACCCUUCACAGGUGACACAACUGCCACCAGUGACAUGGAGGACAGCAGCCACCUGCCUGUGGGUGACACCAAGUCCCCAAGGCCUGCAGGUGACACUCAGGGCUUUGCAGGUGACACCGAGCCCUGCAUGAUGUCACCAAGGGGGGUCCCCCCGUGUCACCACCCCCAAUAAAGCCACCGUGGUGGCCCCAACUUCCUGCCAA